CUACCAAAUCUGGGGUUUAACAGAACGACCUUAAAACCCUACUCUCUCUCAAUCUCAAUCUCAGAGCUCAAGCUCCGAUUCCAUCCCAAUGGCGGCAUUCAAUCACUUCAAGAAUAUGUACGACGUCGCUCUGAAGCCCCGCCUCCUUCGAACGCUGAUCAAAGAGCAUGUCCCCGACGAUACGCACCCGUUUCCGGACCCCGCUGGGCUCUCCACCGUCGUUUCGGGGAUCAAGACGCACGGCCUUCUCGCCGAGUGGUCCUUCGAAAAAUCCACGGACCAAAAGAAAAUCCAGAACUGGAAAUCCGCGGUCGAUUCCUGGGUCGAGCGCUUGCUCUUGCUCGUCUCUCACAAUAUGCCAGAUAAAUGCUGGGCGGGAAUCUGCUUACUGGGGGUGACUUGUCAAGAGUGCAGCUCAGAUCGUUUCUUGGCAUCAUACACUCUUUGGUUUCAGAAGCUUCUACCAUAUAUUCAGUCACCGGCAGAUUCUCAUUUUGUGAAGGUGGCUUCAUGUGCUUCGCUAUCAGAUAUGUUCACAAGGUUGGGUGGAUUUUCAAAUCUAAAGAAGGAUGGCACUUCCCAUGCUGGGAAAAUUGUUCAACCAGUUUUGAAGCUGUUAAAUGAUGAGAGUUCAGAGGCUAUAUGGGAAGGAGCAGUUCAAUUGUUAUGCACUAUUAUAACUUACUUUCCAUCUUCCAUGCAUCGUCAUUAUGACAGUGCUGAGGCUGCUAUUGCUUCAAAACUUCUGUCCGGAAAAUGCAGUGUUGAUAUGCAGAAGAGGCUUGCCCAUUGCCUGGCAUUACUGCCAAAAUCAAGAGGAGAUGAAGAAAGCUGGUCCUUAAUGAUGCAGAAGAUCUUAUUAUUAAUAAGUGGUCACCUGAAUGAUGCCUUCCAAGGUUUAGAAGAAGAAAGUAAACGGAAUGAAGCUGUUAGAUUAUUGGUUUCGGCUGGAAAAGAUCCCCCACCUCCCUUAGGAGGUCAUACAUUGUCAGGAGAAGCCUCAGACUAUCCCACAAGGAGGUCUGAGCGAUUGCUGAUGUCCAAUGUCUCUUCACUGAUGCUGUGCUGUUCAAUGAUGCUUACAAGUUCAUACCCUGUGCAGCAGGUAAACGCCCCUGUUCGAGCGGUAUUAGUCCUUAUUGAGAGAGUGCUGAUGGUGGAUGGAUCAUUGCCACAAGCCGUAAUGCCCUUCAUGACUUCCAUGCAGCAAGAGCUCAUAUGUUCAAAACUUCCAGUUUUGCACUCAUAUAGUUUGGAACUGCUCAGUGCAAUUAUAAAGGGCGCACGCAGUCAGCUAUUACCACAUGCUGCUUCUAUUGUGCGUCUGAUUACAUCAUAUUUCAAGAGAUGUGGAUUGCCAGAAUUAAGAAUAAAGGUCUACUCUAUAACAAGAGUAUUGCUGAUAUCCAUGGGUGUUGGGAUGGCUGUGUGUCUUGCUCAGGAAGUUAUCAACAAUACAUUUGUUGAUUUGAAUACCAUUGGUAAUGAGAAUGGUCGCACAUCUUCUAGUGCUAACUCAAAGCCCUCUUCUGAAGUGCUGCCGCAGCCAAGACAUAGGAAAAGGAAACAUGUUGAUACAACUGGAUAUCUUGAGGAGAAGCAUGACCCUAAGAACCAUGCAAUAUCUCCAAUUUCCGUGAGGAUAGCUGCACUUGAGGCAUUAGAAGCACUUUUCACAGUGGGUGGUGCUUUGAGAUCUGAACGUUGGCAGUCAAAUGUUGAUCUUCUUUUGAUCAUGACAGCAACAAAUUCUCUAGAAGGGGGAUGGGUCAGCGAGGAGAAAAGCAUUUUCCAGUUCAAUGAACCUACUGCUAUUUGGGUAGAUUUUCAGCUUGCAGCAUUACGAGCACUUUUGGCAUCCCUUCUUUCCUCAGUUCGUGUCCGCCCCCCAUAUUUAGCCCAGGGCCUUGAACUUUUCCGGAGAGGCAGGCAAGAAACUGGAACAAAACUUGCUGAAUUCUGUGCCCAUGCACUUUUAGCCUUGGAGGUCCUUAUACAUCCCAGAGCCCUUCCACUUACGGAUUUCCCCUCUGCUAGUGGUAACUCCUCUGAAGGAGUUGACCAUAAAUUUUCUGAAAACGUGUAUUCCGGUACUCUGAAGCUCGAUGGACGAUUUACAAGUGACGUCCAUGGGAUAAGAAACAAUAUUCAUGAUUCCGACGAUGAUGACCUGUAUCACAGCUGGCUGGAGAAUGGCAAAGAAACUGAGGCUCCAGACAGCAUCCCACAUAACAAUGCGAGGUAUAAUGAAGAGCCUUCUGAAACUUUAGAAGUUAGGAGUGGAGAAAACCUUCAUGUGGAUGGUUCAUCUAGUGCAAGAAUUCCAGAGAAAGUGGGGCAGGAGCCAGCAGCAGCUCGUGUAGAUAUGAGGAGGGGAGGCAACAAUGAUGAGAUAAUGGUUGAGGCAGAUCAAUUCCAAACAAACAUAGCACAAGCUCAGGAACCUGUGCCUUCCAAAGGUGCCAUUGUUCCUGCAGAGGAGGUUGUGUCUGGGAGGUUUGUUUUAGGCAUUGAUGCAUCUGAUCAUGCAGAUAAUGUACUUGCACCUGGGCAGGAUGUCUUGGUGGCUAAAACCAAUGAAUUUGAUACCACCAGUAUGAUUGCUCCGGCUACAACGUCAAAUUCUGCAAAAAUUACGGGCGAUGCAUUUGAUUUGGAUGGUGAGGAUCCAUUUCCUGAAAUUUUUGAUGAUGAACCUGAUUCUGAUGAUGAGGAAGAUUAGGGUUUUGGUGAUAUUUAUCCUAGGAGUAAAAGAAA